AGUAGAAGCUCUUCUUUGAGGAAGUGCAUGUGCAAAAUGUAAACAAAGUGUGUUGCGUAAUCUCACCCAAUUGUCUUUUUUUUUCGUGCAAAUGUCUGUAAUCCGAGUGAGAGUAGGCUACGACAAAACAACAGGCAUUGCCAGCUGGUGAGAUUAUGGAGAAUGACGAUGAUACCAAGGAAAACCCCCAGUCACAAGUCAAGAACUCAGUCAGCAUGGAGAAGAACUGCUGCGACGAAGACACUUUCAGGCUUCACAUGGUCACGUGGAAUGUUGCUACAGCUGAUCCUCCAGAUGACAUCAGCUCCUUGCUUCACCUGAACUCCCCAAAGACCCCAGACCUCUACGUGAUUGGUCUCCAGGAGGUGUACUCUGCUCCUCACAGGUUCAUCAUAGACAUGGCUGUUGAGGACUCCUGGAGCCAUCUCUUCAUGUCCAGCCUGGCACCACGAGGCUACCUGAAGGUGUCCUCCAUCCGCAUGCAGGGCCUCCUACUGCUGUUCUUCUCCAAACUGGCCCACGUUCCAUUCAUUAGAGACAUCCAGGACACCUACUCUCGCACAGGCAUCUCCGGCUAUUGGGGGAAUAAAGGCGGGGUGUCCAUCCGCCUGUCUUUCUACGGCCACAUGCUCUGCUUCCUUAACUGUCACCUGGCGGCACACAUGCAGUACGCCUCGCAGCGCGUCGACGAGUUCGAGUACAUCCUGGACACGCAGACCUUUGACCCCAAAAAGACCCCGCACAUCCUCGACCACAAGUUGGUCUUUUGGUUUGGGGAUUUGAACUUCCGCAUCCAAGACCACGGCAUGCAUUUUUUGCGCAACUGCAUCACCAGCCAUAAGUUCAACUUGCUGUGGAGCAAAGACCAGCUGACCAUGAUGAAGAAGACGGAGGCUCUCCUGCAGGAGUUUGACGAGGGACCUCUGGACUUUCAACCAACCUACAAAUUCGACAGGUUCUCUGACUGCUAUGACAGCAGUGGUAAGAUGCGUAAGCCGGCCUGGACAGACCGGAUCCUGUGGAGGGUGAAGCCUAAAGAGCCACCCCCAGAGGAGGAAAAGGACGAGGACAGGGACUCUGGUCUGGAUGAGAAGAACACCAAGAAUCAGCAGGAGGAGGAAGAGUUCCCUCUGAAACUCAAGCAGGAUUCGUACACCAGCAACAUGGAGUACGGCGUCAGCGACCACAAGCCUGUCAUCGGCAUCUUUACCUUGGAGUUGAGGAAGAUGUACGAGGUGCCGUUGGUGCGCGUGUGUGCCGAGGGUGAAUGGAGCGCCGACUUUGACGCCAUGGUGAUCUACAGCCCCCUCCAGCCCUUCCCUUCUAGCGCCUGGGACUGGAUCGGCCUCUUCAAGGUGGGAUUCAGGAGUGUUUCGGACUACAUUACCUACACCUGGGUGAAGGAUGAUGAGGUCUCGUUUAAUGACGAGCUCACCCAGGUCUAUGUGAGCAAGGAUGAGAUUCCGGCGCUGGGAGGGGAGUGCGUGCUCUGCUAUUACUGCAGUACGCUCCAAUGCAUUGUGGGUAUUAGCUCACCCUUUAAGGUACACGAGUCCAAGGUGGCCGUUGAGGAAGGUAUCGCGCCGGAGAACAUCGACGGCCUUGAAAGGGCCACAGCCAGUUAGGACCUGUGAGUGGACCAGACUUUAUUGCUGGACCAAACAUGACCUCUUAACACUGUCUGUCUGUCGAUGCUGUUACACAUUUGACCUUUGGCCUGUCUGCAAGCUGUGGUGCUGCUGAAGUCAUGGAAUGUUACCUAACUGUAGGCCAGUGCACUUUGUUUUUAAUGAAUCAUAACUGUUUCUGUCUUGUUCUCCGCUGCCAGUUGUGGCAACAGUAAUAACAGUAAGCUACGCGUUUAUUUAAGUUCUGUUCAGGUGUUGAUCCCGCUUUUAAAAUCAGUUGCGGAGAGAUAUUGGCAGUAUCGUUUUAAGAAAGGUUCAGUGUUUUUGCCCAGUGUAUUUUUUUGUUGUGUGUUCUGUCUCUGGGAUUGAUACAGAACACAUUGGACAUUGUCAGAUGUUCCAGGUAGGUUGUACAGAAGUCUAACAUUAACUUCAGAGUCGUGGCUGUUUCACUUGAGAAUUCGACCAAUCAUAUAAUGGUAUUGUUAAUGCAUGAAUACGACAUUGUUUUAAAUAAUGGUUGAUACAUUUACAUUUUCCCUCCGCUAACAAAACGCGCUGUGCUGUGCUGUGCUGUGCCAUUCCGAGAAAUAUAUCGCACAAUUUGUUCUUGUUCACAUUCAUGACCAUGCCCUUUUUAUAGAUGUGUGUUACUGGUUUAGGUAUUUAUUGAAGUCAUUGUGGUUCAAGUAUGUAUGAUUGGGGAUGAAAAGUUAUCUAAGAAAACAGUGGCUUCAACAACCAGUCUAACUGUUCAAUGGAUGCUUUGGUACAAAACUAUAGAAUUCCUAUUUGAUUAUCUAUUGGUGUGUUUGAAAAUGAUUAUAUUGUUCUUAUUCUUAAAAAAUAUGCAAGUCUUUCUUGUUCUGUACGCAUCAACAUUUAAUCUAUAGAACUUCUUGUACUUUUUUUUGGACCAAUUUCAGCAUAAGCGAGACCUGUUCAAAAGUCUACUUGCUUAUUUUAAACGCUUGUACAUUGACUCUGUAUUUACAGUAUAUUGAAAAUUAGGAGUGCUCUAUUUUCUCAGUAACAUGUGGUAAAUGAAUGAAAACAAAUAUGAUACUGUAACCUAUUUAAAGCUGAAAUAAAACAUGUAAAUGAAUGAUGCCUGUCAUUUAGCACUAGUCUGGAAUAGAAAUUGCAACAAGUCAUUUUUAAACCUUUGAUACAAUGUAGUCUACACUGUGUUUAUGUUGUCGUCUUUAGCUGGAAACGAGAAAUUACAUUUAAUAUAAAAAUAAAGCUUUUUUUAAAACAUUUUA